AUGUCUGAAACAUCAUCCUUGGCCCGCAUUCCCAGUCCGUCCCGCAUCAAGGCCGAACAUCACAUCGUCCUCGACGACCACACCGCGUCAAAGAAGCCGUCUUUCACGCACGAAACAGAUGCUGAACGGGGUGAUGGUGAUAGCGAUACUCCACCCACGCCCGGACAGGUUGGCCUGUAUAAGCGACUGACCAACAAUUCGUCCUCGGUGCGGCAAUCGGUACGCCAGGAAUACAACAAGCAAAAGUAUGCUCGCUAUGGCCAGGGGCGGUACCAUUUCGACGAUGCUCACGCCUCCGAUUCCGACGCGGCAGAGGCAGGCGCAAGUUCGCCCAUCGUCGGACAGGAGGCUUCGGCCGUUCAUAAAGGAUACCUGGAACGGGCGCAGAGCAAGGCGAAAGGGAUGGUGAGCCGGAAAAGGACUCUCGGCAAGGGCGAUCAACAGGACACGGUCAUCGACAUACUUUACGAAAAUCAGCGUGGUAUGUUCUUCUUCGGCAUCCCCAAAUACUCCAACAAAUCCUUGCUGCCAGCCGACCCCAAGCCGUGGCAGAAUGCGCAGUUUAGGACGAGCGCAGUCGACAUUCGCAACGCGCAGGUACCGGACCCGGGCUGGGAGUGGGCGUGGAAGGGCUGGUACGUCGACAUGAGCCGCGACGUGGACGAGGAGGGCUGGGAAUACAGCUUUGCAUUCGUGGGCAAGGGAGCGACUACAUUUGCGUGGCAUGGCACUCACCCAUGGUUCCACAGCUUCGURCGGAGACGGCGCUGGCUGCGCAUGCGAAAAAGAAAAGACACAACCCAUCGCACCAAGGAGAAGAGUCAUGAGCUCACUGCCGACUACUUCACCAUUCAUCCCAAGACUGUGCGACCGACCUCGAUUUUCAGUGGCCAGAAUGGUUCAAUAAUGGCGCUGGCAAAAUUGAGGGAGCCUGUGUUGGAUGUUGAACAAAUGGAAAUUACAACCAUCGGGGAGCUCUUCCUGGCGCUGAAGCGAUCAAGUGUGGAUAGAGAGAAGAUCGUGGCUGUUAGGAAGUUCACCAACGAGGGAGGAGACGAGCUCUACUACCUUGGCGAGCGAAUGGAGGAGAUCAUGGGAAUGUUCAUCUUUCAGUCCUCUCGACGGCAGCUACUCGGAGAUCUUAUCUCACGCCACGACAAGGUCCACAAGGAGCAGAAUGAACUCGCCGCACACCAGCACGAAGAGGACGAAGAGAAGCAGAAGGCACACGAAACAGCAGCACGUCAUGCUAGCAACCUCCUCAAGGCAGUGCACGCUGCGGACGAGCAAGUCAAGAGAUUGGAAUACUGGUCUGAUCAAAAAGGCAUAACUGACACUUCAGCCGCGGCGAACGGUGAAAAUGGUCACAGUCAGCCAAGCUUUAUGAACAAACAGCCUGCUCGUGCUGGAGCGCCUGCAUUACACAAGGCGCAGUCAUCUUACACCAACGGUCAACAGAGUGCAAGCGAUACGGCGUACGAGGCGGCUCCUGAUGCCCCGACAAGAGAAAGCAGUGUCUUCUAUGAUUCCGAGUCGAAGAAUUCCAAGGGACGAGAAAGCAGUACAGGCGACGACGACAAGCCUCCAUUGGAAAGGUUCACUACUGCACCUGAAUCAAAACCUACCUUGGAAAGGUUCACUACAGCACCCGAAGGUGUGCCUGACGAUGACCAGAAAAGUGAGAUACAGGUCAGGUCUCCGACACUGGAUGGUGUCGCCGAGGCGGCGGAGGAAGGACAGCGAGAACACCGAAAUCUCAGUCCUACGAAACGGUCCAAGGUAGCGGGCCGCAGUGUACAAAUUGUAGAACCAGCGCCCUUCUCGCCGGAGAUAGGUGAGAGCGAAGAUGAUUUGUCGGAUGGUGACGGCGAUGUGAUUAAUCGCAAUGACACCAAGACUCCUGAUAGUAUCAGGCAGUUCAUGAUACAGAUGCGCGCGCCGAAGAACUGGAUUGAUCAGGCGUUUGGAUAA